GUUGCUUAGUAGUACCACUUUUAGCCGUACCAUCGUUUCCUCCAUCUCCAUAAUUACUCUAUUUCUAUUCCUUAUUUCGAGAUUCGCUCAAAUCCUUUAAAGAGCCCUGUUUCCAAUUACUUCUCUUCCAUUCUCACACAUUCUCCAUUGUAGUGAGGACAUGGGCAGAGCAACGAGGUGGCUGAAGGGCCUCUUUGGCAUGACCAAGAGCAGCAAAGACACCAGAAACUCGAACUGCCAGCACGACUCAAAACGGCGUAACAUCGGUGUUCCAUCACGAGACAACGAUCCUCAGACUGCCCCACCAACAGAUAUUUCUGCGGGCGAGGCUGCUUGGCUAAGGGCAUACCAUUCGGAGACAGAGAAGGAGCAAAGCAAGCAAGCCAUCGCUGUGGCCGCCGCCACUGCUGCUGCGGCUGAUGCAGCCAUGGCAGCUGCUAUGGCCGCAGUGGCAGUUGUGAAGCUCACCGGCCAAAGCAGAGGGGUAAUGGACGCUGUCAGUAGGGUCGGCAGCAAUGAGAGGUCGCUGGCUGCUAUCAAGAUUCAGACCAACUUCAGGGGAUAUCUGGCAAGAAAAGCCCUGAGGGCUCUGAAAGGAUUAGUGAAGUUACAAGCACUGGUUAGAGGAUAUCUUGUGCGCAAGCAAGCGAAUGCUACCCUCCAAAGUGUGCAAGCGCUCAUGAGAGCUCAGGCCACUAUUCAAUCUCGAAGAAGUCGCCGUCCUCUGCCCGAAAACACAACCAGUUAUCAGUCCCGAUCACAAAAAUCCAUGGGGAAAUUCGAUGAGAUGAGACAUGAGUUCGUAGGCCCGACCCACAGCCGAAGGCUAUCAGCUUCCCUUGAUGUGAGGACACUCAAAACUGUUCAUGAGAGGUUGAAAAUUGUAGAAGUAGACAGUGCGAGGCAGGUCGCAAGGUCUCGUAGGGCAAAUAUGUCCGAAUUCUGUUUCCCGAGUUUCUCUUCUCCGCUGUCCUCCAGCCAGAUUCAGUUCGUACCACCCACACCGGAGUAUUCACAGAAUUUCCAGGAGUUCGAUGGAGGGUUCACCUUCGAUGAGUGCAGGUGCUCAAGCGCCCAGACCACGCCCCGGUUCUCAGACUCAAUCAGUUCAAAUAAUUACUUUCUCCGGAAGCCGUUGGAUAAGAGAUACCUUCCGGGUUACAUGGCUAGUACUCAAUCCUAUAAGGCCAAACUGAGGUCACUCAGUGCCCCGAGGAAGAGGCCUCAAUUGGGUGAUAUGAAUGGUAGGCUCUCGCUUCAUGACAUGAUGGAGGUCUCAAGGAGUAGCCUAAGUGGGGUUGGGAUGCAGGGGUCAUGUACUCGGGCUCGGGAGGCCAUUAAUAUCGAAAAAUCCAUGAUCGGGAAGCUUGAAAGUUAUAAAUAGAUCGACUACAAAUACCUAUAUGGUAUCGAUAUAAUGAUGCAUGAGAGAUGGAUCAUAGGUUCGGAUCAAUAUUAGGAUUAAUUAACACUAGGAAUUUCUCUCGUUUUUUUACAGAAUUGACUUGAGUAUGUCAUCAUAAUAAGAAAGACAUUUCGAAUGAUAUUUGAUCCUUUAUUAUAUUGUCGAAAAUUUCGGUGAUAAUUGGAUCCCUAAUGAAUAGUAUUGGAUCAUUAUCUUGACAUCA